AUGCUUGCGGACAACGAGACGUAUACUGUUGCAUUGGACGGGACUCUACGCGACGACAGUGUCGAACUGCAAGUCGUUUUCCGGUCCACCCUCGAAAGUAGGAUCCGGAAAUAUACAGACUUCUCCUAUCUCAUUCCACUGGCCGCCGGUAGCGGUUACACUUUUGAGCCGUACCAGCUUCUGGUCGAGAUUGCCGACUCGGGCAAGUUCAACGGAACGCUAGCCGAGCUGCAGGGCAUGGCGGCGACGAUGAGGCUCCAGAUCAGGGCUUUGGUAACGAGAAAUGGUGGUGUCAUCCCUGUCGAUGGUAAUCUGGAAAGUGACUACUUCUCGAUCAUGAGCUGGCCAGCGGCUGCAGCAGCGGACUGGCAGAAAGACCAUGCUUUUGAUCGAGAGCGACGGAGGUGGCAGAUCGGUGCUGGGAUAGGAGUCGGGCUUGGAUUGCCGAUUGUGAUAUCGGUUACCGCUCUCCUGACGCAAAGAAUGCUGAAGCGGCCCCAGGAGAGGAGCCGUCGGCCAUCUAUGAAGACAUGA